UCUCAAUAAUGUCAUUCCAACCUGUUUGUAGAAGUACAUACGUCCAUACUGAAGCGCUGUGGGAAUCUACUGGGACAAUAUACAGGAAAAACACCUAAACUCAGUUAUCAUGCCCAAUUGGGGUGGAGGAAACCAAUGCGGUGCGUGUCAUGGAACAGUGUACCACGCUGAAGAGGUUCAAUGUGAUGGAAGGAGUUUUCACAAGUGCUGCUUUCUCUGUAUGGUCUGUAGGAAAGGGUUGGACAGCACCACACUGGCCAUCCAUGACCAGGAAAUCUACUGCAAGUCCUGCUACGGUAAGAAGUACGGCCCUAAAGGAUACGGGUACGGCCAAGGGGCGGGUACGCUCAAUAUGGACCGUGGCGAGAGAUUGGGCAUCAAACCAGAAGAAACCCAAACUCACAGACCCACCACCAACCCAAACCCGUCCAAAUAUGCACAGAAGUUUGGUGGCUCGGAGAAGUGUGCGCGCUGUGGAGAGUCCGUUUAUGCCGCAGAGAAAGUAAUGAGCGCGGGGAAGCCGUGGCAUAAGAACUGUUUUCGCUGUGCCAAAUGUGGGAAGGGUUUGGAGUCGACCACUCAAACCGAGAAAGAGGGAGAAAUCUACUGCAAAGCAUGUUAUGCAAAGAACUUUGGACCCAAAGGAUUUGGCUAUGGUCAGGGUGCAGGGGCUCUGGUGCACAUUCAAUGAUACUCGUGACCGUGUACGUUACUUUUACUAUAAUUAAAACGUUUUUACUAAUUCCAAAAGCUUUUAGGGUGAAUCUUAAAACAUGGGCCAUAAUUCUAUGCCUAUUUUGUUAGGACCAUUAAUAUGUUACCUUGUAUGUGACAUUUUCAUUUAUAUAUAUAUAUAUAUUUAUAUGUAUAUUGUGGUAAGGUUUUCACUACUGUAUUACAACAACGAUAGUAAUUAUGUAAUAAUAAUAAUGAUGUCACAAAACCAGUGCGUAACCAGACAAGUCCUAAAACUAAGCUUUAUUUUCUUAAUGCACUCCCCCCCUCCUUUUGGUUUUGGGAGGGGAAAUUAGACCUGGACAUCACAUUUUUCAUGAGAUUCACCAUUUAAGGUGUUUGUUAAAUGAUUCAAGUGCAGUACAUUUUAUGAGCAUAUGUUUGUGAACGAAAUAAACACAAUAAAGUACUAAUUUGUUAAGGGUCUUGCUUUUAAAGUUACAUUUGAGCAGUUAUUCACGUUGUUAUUAAAAGACAAACCAUGUUUCAUUGCACAGAGUAUGGCUGUUAUAUUGAAAACUACCACACAGGACUUCCACCUUUCAAUGAUUUAUUAAUAAAGCCAUUAAAAUUGAACCAUGCCCAAUAAGUUAACAUCUGAAGCAGAGUACGGUGACGUCCUGAUUUCCGCUGAGGCACUGGAGAUGAGCAUGUGCUUUCACAGGGUGGAAAAACAGCCAAACCUUAAAGGCAUAGGAACAACAGAGUGAUUAUAGUCUAAAAACAGUGUCACAUGUAUUUUCAUCCUAAUAAAUGACUGUUACUGUGCCUAUUUAUGAUAUUACAGUGAGGGCCCAUCGAUUGCGUCCAUAAGCGAUGCAUUGCAUCCACUUCAGACAAUCUCAUCACGAUGCACGCUCUUGAAUUACAGCAUGACAGUUCUGCAUUUCUUAUGUCGUCUCUGGCAUUUACUUUACAAUUUAUACAUCCAGUGAUAGAACAAACCCAGCAAUGAAACAUAAAAAGAAACCAUUUAGAUGUGAAUAUUAAAUCAACAAGAAUGGAACAUUCAGAUAAAAUACAUCUGCAAAAAACUGAUCGAUCAAUAGCGAGCGCCCACAGACCAUGAGGGACACGCAAUACACACAUAAGGUGUCAUUCACAAAACAUGUGCAGAACGAAUGUGUAAAUAGUUAGUAAAAUUAUGCACGCUUUUGCAUAAAUUAUCGAAAAGAGACGAUUUAUGUAAUAACGAUUGCGCGAACUUUGUGUAAAUUAUCGUGAAAAUUGUUGACGUAAGAACGUUGGUAAAACUUCUUACAUAAAUUGGCGCACUGAAUUGAAUGCGUUAAUUUUAGGGCUGGGAAAUUUAACGCGCUAAUUUCUGCUAUAUAAUAGUUGAUUGUUAAACACAUUUACAAAUAGCAAUUGUACAAACAUUCGUGCAUAAAUUAUCGCAAUGAAUUCAAAGCGACGAUUUAUGUAAGAACGAUUGCGUGAAGAUUCUUGUGUAAAUUAUCAUAAAUUGUUGAUGCAAGAACGUUGGUAAAAAUGUGUACAUAAAUUAUCGCAAUGAAUUCAAAGCGAAGAUUUAUGCAAGAACGAUUGCGCGAACAUUAUCGUGAAAAUUGUUUACGCAAGAACGUUGGUAAAAAUUCGUACAUAAAUUGUUGCACUGAAUUGAAUGCGUUCAUUUUAGGGCUGGGAAAUUUAACGAGCUAAUUUCUGCUAUAUAAUAGUUGACUGUUAAACACAUUUAAAAAUAGCAAUUUUACAAACAUUCGUGCAUAAAUUAAUCGCAAUGAUUCAAUGCGACGAUUUAUGUAAGAACAAUUGCGCGAACAUUGUGUAAAUUAUCGUGAAAAUUGUUUACGUAAGAACAUUGGUAAAAAUUUACAUUAAUUGUCACACUGGGCUGGGAAAUUUAACGCGCUAAUAUCUGCUAUAUAAUAGUUGAUUGUUAAACACAUUUUAAAAAUAGCAAUUGUACAAACAUUCAUGCAUAAAUUAAUCACAAUGAAUUGAAAGCGAUUUAUGUAAGAACGAUUGCGCGAACAUUCGUGUAAAUUAUUGUGAAAAUUGUUUACAUAAAUUGUCGCACUGAAUUGAAUGCGUUAAUUUUAGGGCUGGGAAAUUUAACGCGCUAAUUUAUGCUAUAUAAUAGUUGACUGUUAAACACAUAUAAAAAUAGCAAUUGUACAAACAUUCGUGCAUAAAUUAUUGCAAUGAAUCAAAGUGACGAUUUAUGUAAGAACGAUUGCGCGAACAUUAUCGUGAAAAUGGUUGAUGUAAGAACGUUGGUAAAACUUCUUACAUAAAUUGUCGCACUGAGUUGAACGCGUUCAUUUUAGGGCUGGGAAAUUUAACACGCUAUAUAAUAGUUGACUGUUUGACAUUUAAAAAUAGCAAUUGUACAAACAUUCGUGCAUAAAUAAUUGCAAUGAAUUCAAAGCAACAAUUUAUGCAAGAUGUUUCACGAACAUUCUUGUGUAAAUUAUCGCAUCGAAUUUAAUGCAAAAAUAUUCACGAGAACAUUCGGAAAAUCGUUCAUAAAUUCUCGCAUUAUGCAAAAAUUAUGCAUCGAAUUGAAUGCAAUAAUUUCAUGGCUGACAAAUGUAAUAGUUGACUGUUUAACACGUCAAAUAAAAUUUUUACGCAAUGUCAGUGUUUUCACUUAGCCGUUUUUCCCCACUUCCUGUAGCUAAAAUUGCCUUUAAAUUAAAUGAGAAUUUACACAAGCAAUUUUACGAAUGUUAUUGUAUAAAUUAUCACACUGAAUUUAAAGCAACUAUUGUGUAUUAUGUACGAAUGGUUUCACGAACAUUCGUGAAAAUUGUGGCAUCUAAUUUAAUGCAAUUUUCACGAGAAUAUUCGUAAAACCGUUCUUACUUAAAUUGUCGCAAUGAACAAUGACAUUUACUAGGCAAGAAUAUUUAUAAAACGGUUUAAUUAUUGCAACAAAUUGAAUGAGAUAAUUUACGCAAGACCGUUCAUAAAACCGUUCUGAUGUAAAUUGUCGCACUGAAUUUAACGCUGUAUCCAUUUUUUCACUUCCGAAAACUUUUCCUACUUCCUGUGGCUAAAAUGGGCUUAUGUAAAUUUCCAGAAGGUACACGCUUGACUUGACUGCACAUCCUUGCACAGAAACUGAUUGUGUGGAGCAGUGCAUGGUUAUUACGCAUGGCGCAUGUGCCGUGCAUUAUAAAAACGGGGGCAGAUUUAAUGUAUGGAGACUUCACCCGCAAGUGGUGAGCCAGGUGUGGGAAAGGUGUGUCGUAUUGAAUUGAAUGUGAUCAUUUAUACGAGAGUAUUUGUAAAACAUACAAUUAAAUGCAACAAUUUAUGCAAAAAUGGUUUUAUAAAUUAUAUACACAUUCAUUCUGCUUGCAUUUCAUGAAUUCGGUUUAAAAUGUUAAAAAAAAGAAAAACAUAUUUGCAAAUACUGAACAUUCAUAUUUACAGAUGCAUGGCUCGUGGGGCGGUUUGUUGUAUGGGAGGGGCGGUCACUAUGGUAACGGCCCCAUGUCCAGGCUUUACACAUGCAGUGAAGACUUGCAGGGUAAAAGGUCUAUUAUACACAGCAGUGCCAGAC